CCCUUCCCGGAUGGGGGAAAAAGAUGUCAGCUCCUCCGCUGUAGUAUUGCUCCUUAAAAACCCCUCUCUCUGAAAAUGACAUGCCCUCGCAAUGUAACUCCGAACUCGUACGCGGAGCCCUUGGCUACGCCGGGAGGAGGAGAGCGCUAUAACCGUAACGCAGGAAUGUAUAUGCAAUCUGGGAGUGACUUCAACUGCGGGGUGAUGAGGGGUUGCGGGCUUGCACCCUCGCUCUCCAAGAGGGACGAGGGAGGCAGCCCCAGCCUGGCCCUCAACACCUACCCGUCCUACCUCUCUCAGCUGGACUCCUGGGGCGACCCCAAAGCAGCCUACCGCCUGGAACAACCUGUUGGCAGGCCUCUGUCCUCCUGCUCCUACCCACCUAGUGUCAAGGAGGAGAAUGUCUGCUGCAUGUACAGUACAGAGAAGCGGGCGAAAAGUGGCCCCGAGGCAGCUCUCUACUCCCACCCCCUGCCGGAGUCCUGCCUUGGGGAGCACGAGGUACCUGUACCCAGCUACUACCGCGCCAGCCCGAGCUACUCGGCGCUGGACAAAACGCCCCAUUGCGCCGGGGCCAACGAGUUCGAAGCCCCCUUUGAGCCGCGGGCCAGUCUCAACCCGCGCGCUGAACAUCUGGAAUCGCCUCAGCUUGGGGGCAAAGUGAGUUUUCCUGAGACCCCCAAGUCCGACAGCCAGACCCCUAGUCCGAACGAGAUUAAGACGGAGCAAAGCCUGGCGGGCCCAAAAGGCAGCCCCUCGGAGAGUGAAAAGGAACGACCCAAGACUGCAGACUCCAGCCCAGACACCUCGGAUAACGAAGCUAAAGAGGAGAUAAAGGCAGAAAACACCACAGGAAAUUGGCUGACAGCAAAGAGCGGAAGGAAGAAGAGGUGCCCCUAUACUAAACACCAGACGCUGGAAUUGGAGAAAGAAUUCCUGUUCAAUAUGUAUUUGACGCGAGAGCGCCGCCUGGAGAUUAGCAAGACCAUUAACCUUACAGACAGACAAGUCAAAAUCUGGUUUCAAAAUCGCAGAAUGAAACUCAAGAAAAUGAACCGAGAGAAUCGGAUCCGGGAACUGACCUCCAAUUUUAAUUUCACCUGAGCCAGCGUCAUCUCCUCCCCACCCCCAC